AUGUACGAUAUCUCGAAACAAGAGAGUUAUGAGAAUGUCACGAGAUGGCUCAGCGAGUUGCGAGAGCAUGCCGACGCUCAGAUCGUAAUCAUGCUUGUUGGCAACAAGUGCGAUUUGAAGCACUUACGAGCCAUUCCCACAGAUGAGGCCAAGAACUUUGCUGCUGAGAACAAACUUCUUUUCAUUGAGACAUCGGCCCUUGAUGCCACUAACGUCGAGCUCGCAUUCCAGAAUAUUCUCACUGAAAUCUACCGACUCUACGCUGACCAGAGCCUGCAGGCCGACUUCGCCCAGUCCAAGCCUUCUCAGGGCCAGACUAUCAGCUUCACUCCUCAACCCGAUGACAACAAGCAGGGCAAGUCGGGCCAAUGUUGUUAA